GGAUGCGCGCGCGCCGGCAGAUACUCCGUGCGCCGGAGGCUGCGUCACACGCACUUCAGUGAGGUCCACUACUCACUUCACUGUCGGCGCGCAGGCGCAAUAGUGCGCAUUCGGCGGGACAUUCAAAUUACAACUUUUUUUUUCAUUUUUAUAUUUCGAUAUUCUUUUUUUUUCUUGUGUCUGACUGUACUGUGGUGUUGUUCAGUGUUGUUUGAGAACGAGAAACUGUUGGGCAUGCUGGCGUAAGAUGACGGCUUUUAACUUCAGAUCGCUGCUUCUGGCAGCAAUCGUAUUAAGUAAUUGUAUAACAUGGACGGCAUCUAGGCAUCACUACGCACAUAAUGUACACCAACAUCGUACAAGACACAGGCGGCAAGGCGCCGGCCUAUACCUCCCCGCGUCAUACAUCAUCCCCGGACAAGAAGGUCGCAGUGAGAACGACGGCGGCUGGGGGGAAUGGGGACCUGUGUCCCCCUGCUCCAGGACCUGCGGCGGGGGAGUCGCCAGUCAGAAGAGGAUAUGUUUACAAAUAGGGCAAGAUGGUCAGCCCCAGUGUCAAGGAGGCGACACGAAGUACUUCUCGUGUCAGACGCAGGACUGUCCGGCCGGCUCCGGGGACUUCAGAGCUGAACAGUGCGCCGAAUUCAACGAUAAGGAGUUUAGAGGUUUUAAAUAUAACUGGGUGCCCUACACAAAAGCUCCGAACCCUUGCGAGCUGAACUGCAUGCCUCACGGGGAGCGGUUCUACUUCAGACACAAGUUGAAGGUCGUGGACGGCACCAGGUGCAACGAAGACUCCUUCGAUGUCUGCGUCGAUGGUAGAUGCCAGCAAGUAGGCUGUGACAUGAUGCUGGGCUCCAACGCUCGUGAAGACAAGUGCAGAGAAUGUCGAGGAAAUGGUGCCAACUGUCGUACUACUGCCGGUAUCAUCGACUCACAGGAUCUCAUCAAAGGAUACAAUGAUGUUUUGCUCAUCCCUGAAGGAUCUACCACCAUUAUUAUUGAGGAAAUCGAUGCUUCAAACAAUUAUUUGGCCUUAAGAGCAAAGAAUGACACGUACUACUUGAACGGCCACUACCACAUCGACUUCCCGAGGACCAUCAUGAUAGCUGGCGCCCUGUGGACCUAUGAGCGCAGUCAGCAAGGGUACGCCGCUCCUGACAAACUGCGGUGCUUAGGACCAACUACUGAACCACUGUACCUUUCUCUUCUCCUUCAAGACGUGAACGUGGGUAUUAGGUACGAGUACAGCGUCCCCAAGGACCAGGCUCCGCCGGCUCACAAGCAAUACAACUGGGUACACGAGGAGUUCACGCCCUGCAGCGCCACCUGUGGUGGAGGUUUCCAAACACGCAACGUCACCUGCAGAUCACGAGAAGAACUAGAAAUAGUAGACGAUGAGCUUUGUGACGCUGGUCUGAAGCCGCCCACCAACCAGACCUGCAACACAGACCCCUGCCCGGCCGAGUGGAACGAGGGACCCUGGGGGAACUGCUCCCAGAGGUGCGGCAGUGGAGGAGUCAGGUCCAGGGAGGUGACAUGCCAGAAGAUUAUUGCUAAUGGAAUCAAAUCCAUCGUAGAAGACACUGAAUGUUUCGAGCGCCUGGGACCUAAGCCUAAACUAUUUGAAAGUUGUAAUGAGGAUGCUCCCUGCCCCACCUGGUUCGUUGGCCGUUGGAAACCGUGCAGUGAACUCUGUGACGAAGGCAAACAAACAAGGCAGGUGGUCUGCCACCAGAAGAAGAAUGGUCGUGUUGAAGUCCUGAGCGAUGAGAACUGCCUCGAGGAAAAGCCUGAAGCAGAAAAAUCUUGCUUGCUGCGGCCUUGUGAAGGAAUUGACUGGGUCACUUCUGACUGGGUUGGCUGCGACAACUGCCUCUCGAAGACCAGAACUCGGCGCGUGGUGUGUGCCACCUACAGCAAGCAGGUGAUCAACGACAGCUUCUGCUCGUACCACACCAGGCCUACAGACCAGGAGGAGUGCGAGAAAGUGCCAGAAUGUGACGUGCAGUGGUAUGCCACGCAGUGGAGUAAGUGCUCCGUCAGCUGCGGCGAGGGUGUUCAGACCAGGAAAGUGUUCUGCGGUGUGUUGAACGAUGAUGCUGUGGUGAUUCUAGAAGAUGAAAAGUGUAAAGACAUUCCAAGGUAUAAGGACUCCAAGCCUUGUCAAGUGCCUAAGGAAGAGUGCCCUCCGGAGUGGUUCGCUGGACCUUGGGAAAAUUGCACGAAAGAAUGUGGUGGUGGCGAGCAGAGCAGACGCGUCAUGUGCUUCAAAGGAGACCAGCCCUUCGGCAACUGCACAGACUACAGCGUCCUCGAAGCUUCACAGUUCUGCAACACUGGACCUUGCAACGAAGACGAACUGUUGGGAGUGACGGAAGAAGUCAAGGAUCCCAAUGUGUACUGUGAAGAUGAGGAGGACUAUGAAGAAGUUGGCGUUGACGAAGACCUGUCCACUACUACGAAUGAAAUGAUGAGUGAUUCACCUAGCCCAUCGGCCUUUGCUGAGCACGAAUCUACUCUCGAGGGAUCUGGAUCAACUACACCACUCGAAGAUCUGACUGAAGAAGGAUCUGGAGAGAGUACAUUCUCAACGGGUACAGACUGGACCACGACUGACAGUGACUAUGAGACGGGAUCCGGUGAAAUAUCUACUACUGAUGAACCUCUGUCAUCAAGUCCUAAAGCAGCGAAGGAAUCUGGAUCGACGACUACUACUGUUGCUAUGCCAACCGAACCCAUACCGCGGUCUUCAGUCGUCCCUGGUUCAAGUACCGAAGCAACUACAGAGACUGGCGAAACCGAUACAACUGGUACUUCGACGGAUGAAACUACUCCUACUGGUACUGAUGAAACUGGUAGUACGGACACAGACAGCACAGGAUCUACAACAGAAGGAGAAACUGGAAGCACGACCGAGUACACUGGAAGUACGGAGACAGAUAUCACCACUGAGUCCUCAACUACAUUGGAAGACAGCAGUUCAACGGGUACAGAGAGCACAGAUUCUACAGUUACUAGUGAAACAGGCAGCACUGAAAGCAGCGUAUCAGCUGAUACUAAAGAAACAGGAUCAACAAUUGAAAGUAGUUCCCCUGUUUCAAUUACCAGUCCCACAGACACAACGGGAUCCACGCCUACCGGAGAAACGGAAACCACAGAAAGCAGUGGAUCUACUUCAAGUGAUGUAUCUACGGAUGAAACCGGUUCCACAGAAGCGACUUCUACAGAAGAAACUGGAAGCACUGAAAGCACGACCACUGAUGUCACAGACACUGACUUUACUGAUACCAGUAACACAGAAACAACUGGAACCGCAGAUACUGAAUCCACGGUCACAGAAGAAACUAGUUCUACUGAAUCUACAGUCACUGAGACGACUGUUACCAGUGAAACUGAGUCGACUGUUACCAGUGAAACUGAAUCGACUGAAACGGAGACUACACUUACAGGCUCAACUGAUUCUGAGAGCACUAGUACUGAUUCCACAGAAGAGUCUACGACAGGAGUUUCAGUAUCAGGAUCCACAGACUCAACAACAACCCCGGUCGCAAUGUCUUCUAAGUCUGAUUCUUCAACGACUACGACAGUUGCAAUGCCUACUGAAAAAUCAUCUUCCGAUGCUUCCGAAACUACUGAGGGCAGUACAGAAAGUUCUGGAUCGACUGUCGAAUCAAGUACCACUGAACUCGAGUCUACUUCAGAAUCCGGUUCAACAGUCGAGGAAACAGGAUCAACCCCAAGUACCCUUGAAUCUGAAUCCACAGUGGAGUCCAGCACUGCAUCAGGAUCUGAAGAAACAACUGAACAGAGUACUACAGUCAGUGGUCUUGAAUCGAGCACAGUUUCCGAAUCAGGAUCGACUACUGAGGCUGAAACUUCGGAAUCUGGAUCUACUCCCGUUGGAUCGAGUACUCUAUCAGGAUCGGAGUCGACUACAGAAGUUGCCGAGUCGAGUUCUGACAGCUCGACUGAGACCGGAGAGACAACUGAGUCUAGCACAACUGUUGGUUCAGAAUCUACUACUGAAGGUGGUUCCACUACAGAGGGAGGGGAAUCUACUACUGAAACUGGAGAGACUUCAUCGACCGGAGCGACUGAAUCUACUGAAUCAGGUGGCACUGAAGAAUCUACCACUGAAGGACUGUCUACCACUGAAGGUUCCACCAUUGCUGGAAGUACGGAAGAACCAGGAAGCACUACGGAAGGUCUCACAACCACUGAAGGACCAUCUAUCGGCUCGUCUCCAUGGGACAAGGUUACUGUGCUCGUUCCUCACACCGCAAGGACCUGCAUACCGCGCCCCAAGAAAUGUAAGAACUCACGUUACGGCUGCUGUCCCGACGGAAAGACCGCCGCUAAAGGACCAUUCGAUGCAGAAUGUAAGACAAUACAUAAUUGCAAGGAGUCUCCUUUCAAAUGUUGUCCGGAUGGCGUGUCACCGGCCCAGGGCCCGAACUUCAAGGGCUGUCCCAUCGAACCAUGUGCGGACACAUUGUUCGGCUGCUGUCAGUCUGACAACAAGACUGCAGCUCAGGGCAACGACCAGGAAGGAUGCCCGCCACCACCACCUGCGUGCGCAUCGUCCAAAUUCGGCUGCUGCGCUGAUAACGAGACCGAAGCAUCUGGACCUGAAAAAGAAGGAUGCCCUAAAACCGAAACUACAACGACUGGAGCAACUACCGAAACGACAACUGACACAACCGAAUCAAUUGAAACUUCCGAAGGCAGCACGACAGCCGAGGGUACCUCCACGGAGACAGCCACGGAAUACGCCAGCACCACCCUGGAUCCCUGCACCGGCUUCCAGUACGGAUGUUGUGCUGACAACCAGACUGAGUCCCCUGGACCUGACGGCCAAGGUUGUCCUUGUGAAGCGACAGAAUAUGGAUGCUGCUCAGAUGGAAAGACACCAGCUAAAGGUGAAAAGGAUGCUGGCUGCCCAGGACCUUGCAGCACCUCACAGCAUGGAUGUUGCGAAGAUGGACAGACUCCUGCUCACGGACCUGACUUCGAAGGAUGCUGCCUAUUACACGCCUUCGGAUGCUGUCCAGACAACCGCAAGCCUGCUGAAGGACCUCAUCUUGAAGGUUGUGGAUGCCAGUACACUCGUCACGGGUGCUGCCCCGACAACGUCACCAUCGCGCAGGGACCCGGGAACGAAGGCUGCGGCUGCCAGUACUCUCAACAUGGAUGCUGCCCAGACAAACACACAAUCGCCUUGGGACCCAACUUCGAGGGCUGCGCCUGCCACACCUACCAGUUCGGCUGCUGCCCCGACGGCGUCACAACUGCCAAGGGCCCUGAACAGCAAGGAUGCCACUGUUUCGAGUCUCCCUUCGGCUGCUGCGGAGACGAGGAGACCCACGCCACUGGUCCUGGGAAAGCAGGAUGCGAUUGCUCUACUAGCAAGUAUGGAUGCUGCCCUGAUGGAGUUACUGAAGCCUCUGGAUCUAAGUUCCUUGGUUGUACUGAUGCUCCUGAGAAUAAACAAGCGUCAUGCAGCUUACCAACGGACCCUGGUUCCUGCCACAACUUCACAGCGAUGUGGUACUAUGACCUGGCGUAUGGAGGCUGUUCCCGCUUCUGGUACGGAGGCUGCGAGGGCAAUGGCAACAGAUUCGCCACUAAAGAAGAAUGUGAGGACGUGUGUGUACAGCCCGCACCUAAAGACGCGUGCAAGCUCCCGAGCGUGAAGGGCGCAUGCGACGCGGAGUACACGCGCUGGCACUACAACAGCACCAUGGAGCAGUGCGUGCAGUUCCGCUACGGAGGCUGUCUCGGCAACGCCAACAACUUCGACUCCAGAGAACUCUGUCAGAAGCAGUGCGAACCUACUACUGUUGAAGGACAAUGCAAGUUGCCGAUCGAGUCGGGCUCGUGCUCCGGCAACUACAGCCGCUGGGGCUUCAACGUGGACUCCGGCAAGUGCGAGAGGUUCACGUGGGGAGGAUGCGAGGGCAACUCGAACAGGUUCAGCACUGAGGCCGCGUGUCUGCUGCGGUGCCUCAUUGGAGCACAGCCACCUCAGUGCUCAGAGCCGCAAGAAGCGGGUACUUGCGGCGACAAGCAAGCGCUCUGGUCCUUCAGUGUAUCAGAGAACCGCUGCAUGCCGUUCUACUACAGCGGCUGCGGGGGCAACCACAACCGAUUCACCUCCAGGGAGGCUUGCGAACAAACCUGUCCCAGUGCUUAUGAGCCUGACAAGUGCACUCUGCCUGCUGAGACCGGCGAGUGCUCUAACUACAGGGAGAGGUGGUUCUAUGACACUGCCAUCAAGAGAUGUCGUCAAUUCUACUACGGCGGCUGCGGCGGCAAUGAGAACAACUUUAACACGGAGGCGGAGUGCGAGGGCUCCUGCGCAGAGCUGCAGACCACCACCACCACCACCACCGCCAGGCCUACCCAGCCACAGCAGCAGCGACCAGACAACCCGGAGCCAGCAGAAUACUGCCUGCUGGAGAUCGACGCUGGUCCGUGCAACGACACUGUGACUCGGUACGCCUACGACAGUGCGCUCGGUCGCUGCGUCACCUUCGAGUACGGAGGCUGCGGUGGAAACCAGAACAACUUCCCUGACUACGAGUACUGCUCUCUCUACUGUGGUGCCACACAAGACAUCUGCCAGCUACCGAUGAUGACUGGACCAUGCGAGGCGUCUCUGCAGCGCUUCUUCUACGACCCUGCCACCGACUCCUGCAGUCAGUUCACAUACGGAGGCUGCGAGGGCAAUGAUAACAGAUUCGAGACUCGAGAGGCCUGCGAGAGUAGAUGCAGAUCUCGUCCGGCGCCCAGACCAACCCCGUCUCCAACCACGGUCACACCACCCCCUGCAGUUGAUAUACCAGCGGAAUGCAGGUCUGCACAGGAGACAUGCUCGCACGGCGGAGUUGUGUGGUACUUCGACCCAACACGCAGCGAGUGCGUCUCACACGCCAACUAUGAGAAUGGAUCGGAUUGUCGCUACUCUAACACUUACUCCUCGCAGGAGGGUUGCGAAAGAUCCUGUGGGGCCUUCAAGGGAGUUGAUGUGUGCAAGCAGCGUAUGGACCCCGGUCCAUGCAGGGCCUACAUGCCGAAGGUAUACUUCGACGCGUCGACCGGCCAGUGUCGCGAGUUCGUGUACGGAGGCUGCUUAGGAGGCGCCAACCGCUUCUCCUCAGUGGACGAGUGCUCGCAAGUCUGCAAGUCUGAAAUAGCGGACGUGUGCUCGCUGCCGCCGGAGGAAGGCAACUGCUUCAGCUACAUCCCGCAGUGGUACUACGACACUCUGCGUGACCAGUGUCUGCAGUUCGUGUACACUGGCUGCAGUGGCAACGAUAACAGAUUUGAGACUAAGUCCGACUGUGAGUCUCGCUGCAAGCGUCCUACUCUCACCACAACAACUACGGUAGCUCCACCACAGCAAACGGAAGAAUCAGAAUGCAAGACCCCGAGCUCGCUGGAGCCAUGCGGCGCCAACGUGACGAUGUUCUACUACGACUCGGAGAGGAGACAGUGCCUCGCCGGGGAGUUCGGCAACUGUGGACAUCCCAACACCUACCGUACUGAGGAGGAGUGCGAGAGGAGGUGCGGCGCCUUCGUCGGACUAGAUCCAUGCGGUUCCCACCUGGACCCGGGUCCAUGUCGAGCAUCCAUCCCGAAGUUCUACUGGGACUCCAUCACUGCCAGCUGUCAGGAGUACUCGUACGGCGGCUGCGACGGCGGACCGAACCGGUUCUCUACCGUUGACGAGUGCGAGUCGGUUUGCAAAGCCUUCAGACCCCCUGUGGAGUGCCUGGAGCGCGCGGACGUGGGCGCGACGUGCGACGCGGCGCCGGGCGCGCGCUAUCACUACAGCGCGGCGCUGGCCGACUGCGUGGUGUUCGCCUACCUCGGCUGUGGCGGCAACGGCAACAACUUCCGCUCCUACCAGCAAUGCCUCGACUACUGCACGCCGAACUUACAGCCCGACGUUGUAGACUGCUCGACAUACCGCAUGGAGUGCGACGCCCAGGACUGCAAGUUCGGAACUCUUCACUAUGAACAAGAUGGCUGCGAAAGAUGUAUAUGUAAGGAAGACCCGUGCCUCAGAGCGAACUGCUCAGCAUCAGAGCACUGCGAGGUGUACCUCAAGAGGGACCCUGGCGUGCAAGGCAUGGAGUAUGCUGCCAAAUGCAUUGCUGAAGAGAACGAAGUGUUCGACUGCGGCGACUACGUGGAACACUGCUCGCGCUUGCAGUGCGAGUACGGCGUGCAGCGCGCUCGCCUGCCGAACGGCUGCGAGCAGUGCUCGUGCGUGCAGGUCGAGGUGGACUGCCGCCCGCUGCAGGAGGAGUGCGACCAGCUCAUUUGUAACUACGGCAUGGAUAAGAUACCUGGUCCUGAUGGAUGUGAGAGAUGCAAGUGCAAGGACUAUCCAUGUGCAUCGAAAUCUUGCGCCGCGGGCGAGCGCUGCGUGGUGUCACAAUACUGGGAGGCUGUCAACCAAGAGAUGAAAUACUCCGCUGACUGCCAUCAAAUUGUGAAGCCGGGCGCAUGCCCAGUGGAGCAGACGACUACCAACGAGGUGACGUGUCGCCGCGACUGCAAGGACGAUGCGGACUGCCGCGGCGUCGGCAAGUGUUGCCGCCGAGGUUGCAGCAGCGUGUGUACCGAGCCCGUUGAACAGACCAGCCCUCAUCCUCUGCUUACUACUCUCGCACCAGACGUGCCAGCCGCACCACAGGCACUACCGGCUCCGGAGCCUAAUGUGGCGGCAGCUGAAGGAGGCAAGGCGACCCUGCGCUGUCUGUUCCACGGCAACCCACCACCCAAGAUCACCUGGAAAUAUGGAGAAGUUACCAUCGACGGCAACGCCGGUCGCUACAGGCUGCAAUCUGACGGAGCUCUGGAGAUCGUGUCUCUAUACCGCAACGAUACUGGCGUGUACAUCUGUGUGGCCGACAAUGGCCUAGGCCAGGCCACGCAGGAGAUCUACCUGGCUGUCACUGAUCCUGUGGAGACGCCAGUCGGGAUAGCUGGAGAUGAGAACGCCGUGGUGACGGGCGAGCUGGGCAGGCCGCUGUAUGUGCGCUGCCUGGCCUACGGCUACCCCGAGCCCAGCGUGUUCUGGUACCGCGGCUUGGAGGAGACCAUGGUGCCAUACAACGACGCGGUGUACGAAGCGAGAGGCAACGUCCUCCUCAUCAGGAGCCUGGCUGUGGAGACACUAGGACACUACACGUGUCAGGCAUACAACGGCAUAGGCAAGCCGGCGUCGUGGGUGGUAGUGGUGCGCGCAUACAGGCCUGAAGGCAUAUUCGUGGAGCACGAACUGUUGGUACCACGCGCCACUCUGCCUCCAGGGCGCAGAACUCAGCCCCCCACCACCGCGGAGACCACCACCACCACCACUACCACUACCACCACCACUGAGCCACCCCGGCCGCUGUUCACCGUGCCUGUGACCGCGAAUAUCUCGACCAAUCCGACGACGAUGAGCGUGGGCCGCGACCUGUACCUCAUCUGCAACCUGGACGGCUUCCCCGAGCCUGAGGUCUAUUGGACCAAGGACGGAUACCCACUGCAGUCUGACGGCAGGAUCUCUAUCACUGGCAGCACGAUAGUGUCCCGACUGACGGUGGGGCGUCUGACCGUGUCAGACAGCGGUUUGUACGCGUGUCACGCCCAGAACCAAUACAGUUCGCAGACUGACACCGUGCAGAUCAAUGUGCAACAGCAAGUAGUGGUGCCCGCCAAGUGUACGGACAACCCGUUCUUCGCGAACUGUGACCUGAUCGUGCACAGCAAGUUCUGCAAACACAAGUAUUACUCCAAGUUCUGUUGUAAGUCGUGCGUGGAAGCCGGCCAGCUGGACCCGCGGGAGGCAGAGCUGCAGGCAGACCAGCCCUUGAGGAAGAAGUAGACGUCAGCUUCACCAAGAUCUUAUAUAGCAUAUAGUAGCCGAGCCACGCGACCGAUUGUGACUCUAGAUAGAAUUUACAAUUCCCCCUCGAUACUACUUAAAAAGUAUUUUAGUUGCAAUACUGUGUGUAAAGUUUAGUUAAAAGAUGUUUUUGUUACCUCUUUUUUUGCACAUCGGUCGCAAGCUCUGGCGGUAAUAUAGUUUCAUGUGCCAUAAGUGGAAUAGGUCUCGAACUUCAGCGUGAGCCCGACGAGGUCUGCUGUGCGCAUGUCCACUACACGCGGUCAUACCAAUAGAUAUAAUGUAGAUAGCUAAUAUUACUUGAAACUAACAUUUUAUGUAAAUAUUUUAAAAUGUCACAAAUUCCAUCUGUGAUGGAACAUUUUUUGAGUAAUUUUACAAUUCUACAUAGUUAGUCAGAAGAGUAUAGUAAAUAAAUUAUUUAUGCAAUAAGUUGUCUAAUAAAGUAAAUGUUUAGCUCGUAGGGUAACGCUAGGGUGGCUAGUGCUAGAUACAAGUCAUAAUAAUUUGUUUAAGUGGAAUCCUUUCGUAAUAGUGACGAUGUAAAUAGAUGGACAAUAAAAAACGUAUUAGCAAAA